GGAGAGGAGAGAGGCCAAAGGGAGCAGCGGGGCGAGGGAGGGAGCACGAGAUAAAUGGACAAGAGGAAAAGUUGAGAGCAAAUCCAAACCAACCAAUACCAAUAUCCACACACCCUCUCGAUUGGACCACACCUCUCCUCUUCCCCAACCAAGACUCGGAAGCCCCUGCCACUCUCUGCAAGAACGCCCGCCAUCAUCGAUUCCCCAGGCAACUGAUUUUUUUUUUUUUGUCAGAGGGAGGAGGAGAUUGGUCACUCGAUCUUCACUGCCCGUGCAGUCGCUCUGAAGAAAAGAGGCCAAUCCAAUCCAGCCCAUUCCACAGUUCCUGAAAAUCCUCGCUCAGUGCAAGAAGCAGUUUUUGUUGCCGCGGUGUAGAUUGUCCUGAGCAGCUCAUAGCAGAGAGCCAGGAGUUUGUUUCUUGGCAGCUUCUUGAACUGCUGCUGAUCUUGGCCGGGAGCCAAGAAUUUGUUGUCUUGAGGGGCUUCUUGACGACUCGUGUGGUGCCGGAUUGGGUGCGAUGUCGGUGUCGCUGUCGUCGAUGAGCGGCGCCGGGGAGGCGGAGGUGCGUACCGUGGUGUGGUUCAGGCGGGACCUGCGGGUGGAGGACAACCCAGCGCUAGCAGCGGCAGCGCGGACGGCGGGGGAGGUAGUGCCGGCAUACGUGUGGGCGCCGGAGGAGGACGGGCCGUACUACCCCGGCAGGGUGUCCCGGUGGUGGCUCAGCCAGAGCCUCAAGCACCUGGACGCCUCGCUCCGCCGCCUCGGCGCCGGUAGGCUUGUCACCCGGCGGUCGGCCGACACCGUCGUCGCGCUGCUCGACCUCGUCCGCAGCACCGGCGCCACGCACCUCUUCUUCAACCACCUCUAUGACCCGCUGUCGCUGGUCCGGGACCACCGCGUGAAGGAGCUGCUAACAGCCGAGGGCAUCACCGUGCAGUCCUUCAACGCCGACCUGCUGUACGAGCCGUGGGAGGUCCUUGACGACGACGGCUGCCCGUUCACCAUGUUCGCGCCCUUCUGGAACAGGUGCCUAUGCAUGCCCGAUCCCGCCGCGCCGCUGCUUCCGCCCAAAAGGAUCAAUUCAGGUGACUUGACGAGGUGCCCGUCCGACGAGCUGAUCUUCGAAGACGAGUCGGAGAGGGGAAGCAAUGCGCUGCUCGCGCGGGCAUGGUCGCCGGGGUGGCAGAACGCUGACAAGGCACUGACAGCCUUCCUCAACGGUCCGCUGAUCGACUACGCAGUGAACCGCAAUAAGGCCGACAGUGCGAGCACCUCCCUGCUCUCCCCGUACCUGCACUUCGGCGAGCUCAGCGUGCGCAAGGUCUUCCACCAGAUCCGGAUGAAGCAGCUGAUGUGGAGCAACGAAGGCGACCACGCCGGCGAGGAGAGCUGCACCCUGUUCCUCCGGUCCAUUGUCCUGCGAGAGUACUCAAGGUACCUCACCUUCAACCACCCCUGCAGUCACGAGAAGCCCCUCCUGUCGCACCUCAGGUUCUUCCCCUGGGUUGUCAACGAGGUGUACUUCAAGGUCUGGAGGCAGGGGAGGACCGGCUACCCUCUUGUCGACGCUGGUAUGAGGGAGCUCUGGGCAACUGGAUGGCUGCACGAUCGCAUACGCAUCGUCGUCUCGAGCUUCUUUGUCAAGGUGCUCCAGCUGCCAUGGCGCUGGGGGAUGAAGUACUUCUGGGACACAUUACUGGACGCUGAUCUCGAGAGCGACACAUUGGGCUGGCAGUACAUUUCCGGGUCUCUCCCUGAUGGCCGUGAGCUUGACCGCAUCGACAACCCUCAGUCUGAAGGGUACAAGUUUGACCUGCACGGGGAGUACGUCCGGCGAUGGCUGCCGGAGCUGGCAAGGCUGCCAACGGAAUGGAUACACCACCCUUGGGAUGCACCCGAGUCAGUGCUGCAGGCUGCUGGAGUUGAGCUAGGCUCUAACUACCCUCGCCCUGUUGUUGAGCUAGAUGCAGCCAAUUGCAGGUUGCAAGAUGCCUUGUCAGAGAUGUGGGAACUUGAGGCAGCCUCUCGCGCUGCGAUGGAGAACGGAAUGGAAGAAGGCCUUGGCGACUCCUCAGAGGUGCCACCGAUCGCCUUCCCUCGAGAACUGCAUAUGGAUGUCGACCGAGAACCAGUCCGGCCUGCUAUGCAGACACCAACAAUGGCCGGCCGGAGACGACAAGAUCAGAUGGUGCCUAGCAUGACUUCCUCAUUGGUCAGAGCUGAAACAGAACUUACUGCAGAUUUUGGGAACUACAGCGAGGACAGUAGGCCAGAAGUCCCAUCAAACGUGCACUUGCAGCCUCAGACGGAGAGGGAAGAAACGGUUGACGGUGGCAGCGGCACUGUCAGAAUGAACAGCAUUCAUCAGCAGCAUAACCUUCAGAACACCCUACACCGUAUGCGGGGUGGUGUGCCGUCCACAUCAGAGGCGUCGAGCAGCUGUACGGGCAGAGAAGGCGGGGUUGUACCGGUCUGGUCACCUCCGGCGGCAUCAGUCCAUUCCGAUCCUUAUACUGCCGAUGAGGCUGACAUUUCCAGUAGAAAUUAUUUGGACAGGCAUCAGCAAUCGCAUAGGAUGAUGAACUGGAGUCAACUCUCGCAAUCAUUGUGAGUUCAGAUGCCCGGACAACGGAAUGGGAAGUGGACGAUUAAUGUCGUGCGUCCGAAUUUAAUUGAUUAGAAGUUCGACAGAUAAAUACAUAUGUAAAUUAUCACCUUUGUUUAUCUGUAGCCUUGGUGUGCAUGCAAGUCAUCAAUCAUGCAGCCAUCCUUGGUGUAAAUGUUAGUCCUACAUAACUUUGGUGGUAUAGGUUGCUAGUUGUCAAAAAGAUCUGUACUCAGUUUCUGUAAUCAGAUAAGAGUUCUCUAGCAUCAGGUCCAUUUUCCAUUUGGUUAUUGCAGCCUCUGGUGAUGGAAUAGUCAUCACAGAGGUGUGUUCUCAGUUUGGUAGAUGUCGAACUUACCUGCUGUUUGAGUAGACUUGAGGAAAUACCCUUGGCAAUGAGAUGGUACGUGCUCCA